AUGAAGGUCUUGAUGACUCGGAACUACGAUGAGUACAAGUUCGCAUACUGGCUGAUGGGCUAUGACUCCUCCAAAGCGGUGUCGCAUGGUGCCAAACUCUAUGAUAGGCAAGGUGUCGUGGAGUUAUUGUACUUCCACGGAACCGAGAACGACCCGAACGUGCAGUACCCUGUUGAUGACAACGACGUCGACAAGCCGUAUGGUUAUCUAUGCUUCAGUGUUGACAACCUUCAAGCCGCUUGCCCUAGAAUCACGUCUGCGGGAUAUCAAUGCAAAUUGCUGCAGGAUUCCUCCAACGCGUACGGCCUAGCUGUCGAUCCUGAUGGAUACCAGGUGAAGCUCAUUGAGCAAAGAGCAACAACCGAGACACGUGCCGGCAUGACGGAUCCAUCAACAUAUCGCUUAGUAUGA